AACGGUUAUAUUAGCUAGUAUUCGGGCGAAACUUUCGAUCUUAGUAGUACUAGUGCCCAAUAUUCGCGGUCUCGCGCUCCCCGAAAAAAGCAACAAUAAAAUCCACAAUCUGUCACCUCAACUGAAGCAAUGAGGCCCUAAGAUGGACACCAGACAUUGGAAGCCAUCGUUCAAGGUUUACGGGUUGAUCCUGACCCUAUGGAUCGCCUGGGUCCAAGGUCAAACCGAUCCUUCGCCCAUUCCAGUGGUUGGGAGCCAGGAACUAGCCGAUAAGGUCGAGGUGGCUGUGGUUUCUACGGUCUAUACGCUCGGCUUCAGCAUCCCCGAUGAGACGGACUACUCCAUUGAAGGAGUCACCUGUCGCAAUGGAUCCGGAACAGAGACCAAAGCCAACGAGGCUAACGUGUGCGAAAACCUUAAUCCAUGCACUUUCUACUCGUGUGUGGUUUCAUUCCGAUCAAACGUCGUUGGCAUGCACCCACCUACAGAUCAAACGAUCUAUGCCUACACCGAGUAUAAACAGCCCAGGACCACAAUGACCUCGGUGGUGCCCACGGCGAAUACCAUCAAAGUGACCUGGCAGACAACCGAUCGCUCCUGUGUGGAGUCCUUUGAAAUCACGGCAAAGACGGCGGAUAACUCAAAAUCCGCCAUGCAGCUAAGUGACAAGAAUUCGCAAACUUUUACCGAACUAAAUGCCUGUGUGACCCACACUGUAACCUUGGCCACACGGAACAACGCCAGUAUCGUGGUGGAUACGGAUUCCACCGAAGUGGACACUCAGUACGCGGAGCCCGGUGAUCUCGCAAUGAAUGUUACGAAUCUACCCAGUGGCAUUACGAUCGUCUCGUGGGGCGAUCCCACCGAGAAGAACUGCAUCAGCAACUAUGUCUUCAAGUGGAGGCGCGAAGAUUGCGGUAAGGAUCAAAAUCUGGAUACAACCACGGAGGAACCCAGUACUGAAACUACGAGUGAUACGGAUUACGUCACUGCCACCACAAUAGAGACCACUCCGGAUGACUCCGGCAAUGAAGUUGUGUGCGAUUGGACGGACGUCUCCUCUGAUGGCAAGUUGAGGGAAUACCUCUUGACCGAUCUUCAGGGAUGUGAGCCCUAUACCUUCGAAGUGUUUAUCAACGAGAAUAAUACCGCCAAGGCUUCGCAACAGUUCACUUCGGCCGAAAAGGCGGUCAGUGCCAUUUAUGAACCCAAUCCUACUGCGGCCUCCACCCAGUUGAAUUGGACUUGGUCGGCUCCCCAAAAUCAUCCCAGGUGUGUGGCCAACUACAGUGUGAAGUUGACGGGACCCACUCAGCGAUCGGAGAACCAAACCUAUGAGUUAGUUACACAGGAGAGGUUCGCUACCUUCGAGAACCUAGAUCCUUGUGGGAUAUACAUUGUGGAGAUUGUGCCGACUCAGUUAAAUGGGACCUCAGGAGCCAGGUACCAAGAACAGAGCACCGUCGGCGAAGAUCAGCCCACUCAGAUCUUGGAUCCCGAGGUGGAACCCGCCGCCUAUUCGAUGGUGGUGAGCUGGAAAACACCCGCCUACGCUGAUCUCUGCAUCGAUGGCUACCGUCUAUCUGGUUGGAUGGAGGACGACAAGUUAGUUGAGGUCGAGGCUCUAAGUGUUAGUACCCAGAAUACGACCGUGACCUUCGACAAGAAUCUUCUGGCCUGUCAGGUCUACAUUAUCCAGAUCAUACCAUAUACCAGAGAAAGUCUCGACGGUCAGCUGAAACAGAUCGAAGUGGAGACCAAUGCAGCUAUAGUCGAUAGCUCCAAGGUAAAGCUGGAAAUGAAGCAAGCGGGCUCUGAUUUCAUCGAGUUAACCGCCUUCAAUGCAGACUAUAACAACACCUGCGCGACGAUCUUUGCACUUUUUAGCUGCAAUGCCACCACCACAGUACGCAAUCCAUAUGCCGAGAGCUAUGAAGAGGGUCACAGCAAGCAGGGUUUCAAUACAAGUCUUAAACCCCUUUCCCCAUACACGACAUACGUCUGCAAAGUGGUGCUAUACAACAUAGCUGGACCUUCCGAUCCACUCACUUUGGCUGGUGUGAAGACCACAACCUACUUUCCGGAGCAGCCUGAGAAAGUAGAGCUAAGAGACAACACCGAAAGCAGCCUGAUGUUCGCCUGGGAUGCACCCACCUACACAAAUGGACCUAUUAAGUACUACCAGGCCUUCCUGAUGCGCCACGAGCCCAGUUACUUUGUGCCCGAGGACUGUGACGCGGUGGAACAGGAUACCAAGUCGGAGACCAAGGGCGAGCCGAAUGUGAACUUCACGGGCCUGGCUCCAGCGGUGCGAUAUAUGAUGCAGGUUGCGGCACAAAAUGAUUUCGGAAUGGGUCUGUAUACUAGCCCCGUUAUUGGAAUCACCCUGCCCACAGUAUCCGACAGCGUGACCCAUCUGACCGUAACGCCCCAGGGUCCGGAGAACAACAACAGCGAGUACGGCGCCAACGUGACAAUCACGUGGAAGGUUCCCUGCAAGUCGAACGGCGACAUUGAGUACUUCCAACUGGGCUUCACGGGCAAGCGGGAUCACUUCGCCUCCGUGGCGUUCCAGCGGAAGGUGGAAUUGGACACGGAGAACCGACAGGGUCGGAUUUCCUACACGGAGACGGAGAUGCAGCCGCAGUAUGACUACACGGUGCAGGUGCAGGUGAAGAAUCGUGGUGUAGAUCAGCUGAGUGAUAGCGUGGCAGGCACUUGGCAAUCCCCAGCGGGAUUGCCCACCGUUCCGAGUGAGGAACUGAUCAAGCUAAUGCGUGCCAAUGUCGAGGAGACGACUAAUCCCACGAAAUCGGCCAUUGUUCGUCUUCCCGCUGAUAUAAUGACCUCCGACUCGGGUGACAUCAAGUAUGUGGCCCUUAUGCUCUCCCAGAAGAGCUGUGCUGGCAUUCCUACCUUAAAAUACGACACAACGGGUGACCAUUGGCCCCAAGUGCUAUCCUACCAGGAAGCGGGGGCAGAUGGCACUGGGGAUUGCAGUCUGCAGUACCAAACCACCGAGGAGCGCUGGCAUCCGGUGCCUGUUCAACGGCAGGGAAAAGUCCUUCAGCGGGACUCAACCUCCAAUGAGGAAAUAGUCUUCACCAUCGGACUGGACAAGUGCUCGGAGACCACGAAGAGAUAUUGCAAUGGACCCCUGCUACCCGAUACGGACUACAAUGUGGUGGUCAGGCUCUUCACCGCCUCUGGUUACAGCGAUGCUGCAGUUCUGAAUUUCAAAACGAAGGCGGCCAUCAAGGUCACCCUGAUCCUGGUCAGCGUCUGCAGCUGCCUCCUCUUGGCCUUUGUCCUUGGCUUGGCAGUUCUCUGGGUGCGCAAGCGGUUGGCCUGGAAACGCGACUCUGGUCAGGGCAUCGAGGAUCCUUUCGGCAAUGUGAUCGCCAAGAACUUUGCCAUCUUUUAUGCGGAGGUGGCCAAGCCGGAGAAACUGGCGAGGGAGUUCAAGGAGAUCACCGUGGUGGCCCUGGAGCUGAGCUAUUCUGCCUCCGAGUUGGGUUGCCACAAGAAUCGUUAUGCGGAUAUAUAUCCUUAUGACAAGAACCGGGUGAUUCUGGAUAUAGAUGCUGAGGGAUCGGACUACAUCAAUGCCUCUUUCAUAGAUGGUCACACGCGUAAGAAGGAGUACAUAGCCACACAGGGACCAAAACCAGAGAGCGUGAUGGACUUUUGGCGCAUGAUCCUGCAGUACAACGUUAGGGUUAUAGUUCAAGUAACCCAGUUUCGCGAGGGAAAUAUUAUCAAAUGUCAUGAGUAUUAUCCCUAUACCAUGAGGGGAUUAACAGUGACCGUCAAGUCCAAGGAAGUCUUUGAGCUGUACGAUCGCACCGAAUUGACAGUUGUGCAUGAUAAGUAUGGUUUGAAGGAGAAGGUUGUCCACUUCUAUUUCAAAAAGUGGCCCGAUCACGGCUGUCCCGAGGAUCCUAUGCACUUGAUUACCCUCGUUAAGAAGGUGAAGGCGGAACGGCGGCCCAGUUACUCGCCCAUCGUGGUCCAUUGCAGUGCGGGAGUGGGCAGAACGGGCACCUUUAUAGGUCUGGAUCUGAUCAUGCAGCGUCUGAAGAGCGAGUCGAAAAUCAAUAUUUUCGAAAUAGUCAAGAAGCUGCGUUUUCAACGCAUGAAGAUGGUGCAGACGCAGCAGCAGUACACUUUCCUCUAUGCCUGCACCUAUGAGCUGGUGAAGCACAAGAUUCCCAGAGCGGCCUUGAAAUUGGAGGGUCGUCCCAAGUCCGUGACCAUGCCGGCCAUUACCGCUCCCAAGAAGGUGAGCUUCCCGGACGUAGAUGUGGGCAGUGGUGAUGCCUUUGUGGCCACUGCUCCGAUGUCCGAUCUGGAGAACGGUGCGCCCACCCUGCAGCUACCUAGCAGAUUCCCUGGAAUCCGGAGGAGUAGUCCCCCAGACGACGGAAACGAUAGUCCAACUACGAGCAGCAUUAUGUGAGAGUGUUUAUUUAUAGCAUUUAUACCAGCGAGCACAACUCAACCAGCAAUAAUAGCCAAAGAAAAAUGUGACGAAACUUGAAAGUUGUAUUUAAAAACUGUUUUUGUACAUAAAUGUUAUUUAUAAAGAAGAGCAUGU